CGCACCUUUACAGGUGUCUCGUUCAUUGUAACUCCGACAAUCGGUAAACUGGGAACUAUUUAGCUUCCACUUAAUCUUGAAAUAAAAAAUUUUAAAAAAAAAUAAUUAUCUCAAAAGUGAGUUUUGUGAGUGGACAUAAUUUUUUUUUACUUCCGAUAAAAAUCAACCAUGGCAACAGCAAUUGAAAAAGAAUUGAAACAUUUCCUUUUAAAAGCCGAACAUAUCCACGAUGAUGAAGAAAACGAAUCUCCUGUAGUUGCAAAAGUGGUCGCAAUGAUUGUUUUAUUUAUAGCAUCUUUAACGUUAGGUCUUCUACCGAUGCAACUAUCCCGUUGGCUAAAAUGGAAAAAUAAUCCUCAAAGCAACAUUUACGUCAAUUUACUUUUAUGUUUUGGCGGAGGAGUUCUUCUUUGCACAACGUUCCUUCACUUACAACCUGAAGUUGGUGAAGGAAUUUCCGAAUUACAAGCAGCCGGAAGUUUACCCGAAUUCCGUUUUCAUUUCGCCGAAGUGUUAAUGUUAAUCGGUUUUUUCACAAUGUAUUUAGUUGAAGAGAUGGUUCAUACUUAUUUGAAUGCUAAAAAUAAAAAAUGCGAAAUGAGAGCGUUAUCAAGGACUCAUUCGAUUAGAAGAGGAAUUAAAAAUGAAUCAACAAGUUUAUCUACAAGCGAAUUAGUGAAAAAAAUGGAAGAAGCUUCAAAAGAAGAUCAUCGUGAUUUUACGCACGAUCAUAGCCACGUUGGACAUAGUCAUGUUAUCAUUGAAGAUGGAGUUGUUAGAAGUAUAAGAGGACUUUUAGUGGUACUAGCGUUGUCAAUACAUGAAUUAUUCGAAGGAUUAGCUGUUGGUUUAGAAUCAUCACCUUCGUCAGUUUGGUAUAUGUUGGGCGCAGUUAGCGCCCACAAAUUGGUGAUCGCCUUCUGUAUAGGAGUCGAAUUAAUCACCAUUGACACAAAAAAAGCUUUAGCUGUGAUAUAUGUAUUUACUUUCGCUAUCGUUAGCCCACUGGGUAUAGGAAUAGGAAUUCUGGUUAGUGAUGGAGAAACGGCCGCUGUACCAUCUGUGAUAUUGCAAGGUCUUGCAUCUGGAACACUUCUCUAUAUUGUUUUCUUCGAAAUAAUCCAACGGGAUAAAUCUGGUGGACUGAAACAAUUCUUUGCUAUUUUAAUUGGUUUUUGUGUCAUGUUCACCUUAACUGUUUUAACUGCUCACUCUCAUAGUCACGGUGAACAUGAUCACCACGAUCACGAAGACCAUGUACAUUAAAGAAAUGGAAAUAUGAGGUUUUUAUGGAAAAGAAGAAAAUGUUUUUCUACUGCAAGAAACUUGUUGAAAAAAUGUUUUAAGAUAUUUUUGUUUUAAGUGUUCGUUAGCUUAUUGUGAUGUAAUUAUAAAAAUUAAUAUAUAAAAAUUAAAUACGUGAUAUAAUAAUGAUGUAAAUACUAAGUUUUAAUAAUAUUUAUCUUUAUUCUAAGAGUUUUUGUUUUCUUAUUUUGUAAAUAAAAGUAUUUAAACUUAA